GCUGCCCACCACCACAGAACGAGUAUGGGGGUCAACAUUUUCCACUACACACCGAACCAACUAUCAUGUGUGAGGUGGAGGGAGUGACCCACCAAUUUUUGGUAGAUACAGGAUGUACGUAUUCUGCCAUAAGAUCUCGUCAACCACUCUCUUCGGAAACAAUACAGGUGGUGGGGGUAUCAGGAACACCCGAAGCACAGAACAAGACCAUUCCAUUGCUUUUCUCAUGGGGCCCUUCCAAUUUGAAGCAUCAGUUCCUAUACUGUCCCAAUUGUCCAAUCAACCUCCUAGGAAGGGAUCUACUAUGCAAACUGAAAUGUUCAAUUUACCUUACUGAGAAGGGCGUGGAGGUCUCCAUUGAUCCUAUUCCUUCAACACCUGCCCACCCCGUCAGUGUACUGAUGUUACCUAUCAUCCCAACCCCUGUGUUGUCAGCAACACAAGAAAUCUAUUGGCUAAAAUGCAUUGAGACAGGUCCUGGGACCCCGGAGGUCCAGUUUAAGUUCAAUCAACUGAAAUCACAGAUUUAUGCAUUACACCCAUACAAGACCCCACAAGCUGAAAUUCACUGCACAUUGAAUGUGACAGACAAUGACGUGAACACAUACACCGAUGACUGGGAUGAGAACAUGAUGCACCUAACGCCAUCCAUCAGGUGUUGCACCAUUGUGUGUGGACAAGAGGGGGUGGCAGCACCAGUUAUCCUACCACCUCAUUUGAAAUCCUGGUACUUACUAGGGGAGGAGUCAGCUCCCCAUGUUACACUAGCGGUGGGAAACGGUUUUGAAGCAAGGAGCCUGGGCCCUAUGAUCAGACGAGCAUCCAAACUUCAGUGGGAACCCACCCAAACACCGGGAAUAGACAAGGCCACCACUGAAAACAUGUGGAGGUUCAUGACUGUUGACACUGAAGAACACUGUCUUCCAGAACGACUGACCCUGCCAAGACACCAUGGUAAGCCAUACACCGACCACCCAUCUACCAAAGCAUUGAUCUCCACCAUAGAUGAAAGGUUAUGGACUCACACCCCUUUUGAUGUGGGCCAACUACAGGUGACACCGGUCACCAUCACCCUACUGAACCCAGAUCAAAUACCUGUCUACCGAACUCAAUACCGGUUGAAACCCGAACAGAUCAUGGGGAUCGAACCGACCAUUGAUGGGUUACUGAGAGCACAGGUUAUCUAUCGAACUGUAUCUCCAUGGAACACGCCGAUUCUACCAGUGCUGAAAGCCGGAGGAGAAACAUACCGGAUGGUUCAAGACUUCCGAGCAGUAAAUGACGUUACUGCACCAAUAGACCUACCUGUCCCUGACCCUCACAUCACUCUGAGCAACCUGUCUCCAAAACACCAAUACUUCACGGUGGUGGAUUUGGCUAAUGCUUUCUUCAGCAUCCCACUUGAUGAAGCCUCUCAGCCACUCUUUGCUUUCACGUAUGAACAUCAUCAGUACACUUAUUUUGUUCUUCCACAGGGUUAUAGGUGUUCACCCGGAAUAUUCAAUCAUAUCCUAAAGACACACCUGGCAGAGUUGAAAAUCCCAGAAGGUGUGAUACUAAUCCAAUAUGUAGAUGACCUUUUGCUGGGGGCUCCCACGUCGGAUCUCUGCCUUCAGAUGACAAAAACACUACUGGACUUACUGGCCGACAAAGGAUACAAAGUCAAAAUGAGCAAAGUCCAGACCUGUCGCAGAACUGUCCUUUUCCUUGGCAGAGAAAUCUCAGGAGAAGGAGCAGGACUCUCCAAAAGCCACAGAGACUCGAUACUUCAUCAUCCACGCCCCAUCACGGUGUCAGGAAUGUUGUCUUUCCUUGGCUUGACAGGGUACAGCCGAACACACAUCCCAGACUACACUGCCAGAACUGAGCCACUGAGAGAAAUAGUGCGAGAGGCGGGACCAAGGAACCUACACUCGUCAUUGACAUGGACCACUGAAGCAUCAAAGGCGUUUGCACUCUUGAAAACAGAUCUCUCAGUGGCAGCAGCAUUGACAUCACCUGACUACAAAAACAAAUUCCAUCUGGAUGUUUCUGAAAAGGAAGGAUUCACAUCAUCCAUCCUUUUUCAGAAACAAGAGGGGGAGAGAAGAGUGUUGAUGUAUCACUCCUCCAAAUUGGACCACAUUGAAGUAGGACAAACCACGUGUUCCAGGUAUGUGGCUGCAGUGGCAAAAGCUAUUGAAAAAACAGCCCACCUGGUAAUGUGUCAUCCAUUGGAGAUUCACACCCACCAUGGGGUUGCAGCAUAUCUGAUGAGCAAAGAAUUCACGUUCAGCGCUGAAAGAAAAACGAAAAUCCAGAAUAAAUGCACACAAUCUCACAUCACAUUUGUCAACACUGACAAAAACAUGGCAGACGCACUCAAUGCUGAAGAAGGUCUGCCCCACUCCUGUGCAGAAAGAGCUGCACAAGAAUUGAAACUGAGACCUGACCUGGGGAACGAACCACUCACCAACCCGGACCUAUGGUUAUACACAGAUGGAUGCUGCUAUAGAGGAGAGGAAGGGAACAUAGCAGCAUACGCAGUGGUGCAGCAGCUCCCGGAUAGAUCACAUGUGACUUUGGAAUCUGCCAUCAUCACACAACCUGCAUCAGCCCAGCUAGCUGAAAUCAUAGGGUUGACACAAGCUCUGGAAAGAGCUGAAGGAAAGACUGUAAACAUCUACACCGACUCAGCGUAUGCUCAUGGAGCAGUCCAUACUGAUGGACCACAAUGGGUUAGACGCAACUUCACCACCACAGGAAACAUGCCAAUCAAACACAAGACACAGAUGGAAAAACUGAUUAAAUCAGUCUCAUUACCUAAGAAGGUGGCCAUCAUGAAGUGCAAAGGACAUCAACAACUGAAAAACAGAAUCAGCGAGGGAAAUGAUGCAGCUGACAGAGCAGCCAAGAAAGCUGCUGGAUACACCCCGAGACAAAUGAUACUUCAGAUUCAACCAGCUCGGACUGAGCUCACAGGGAAACACAUAAAAGAACUCCAGUUUUCAGCAGGACCCUAUGAACACUCAGUAUGGGGACAGAAAGGGGCCACCAAAGGACCUGAUGAACUGUGGAGAUGCCAUGAUGGCAGACUAGUGGCCCCUGCAAACCUCUGUCCAGAACUAUUACGAGAAGCUCAUGGGCCCACACACGAAGGCAAACUGAAAACUUUACAGAAGGUGUCCCACAUCUGGUGGCACCCCCACAUGAAAGACAUGACAGAUUUGUUUUGUGACGAGUGUAGCAUUUGUGGUAGCCACAAUCCAAAGAAACCAUAUCAAACGCCCAUGGGUUCAUACCCAGUCCCAAAUGCUUGUUUUCAGGACAUCAGCAUAGAUUACACAGAUAUGGGGCAAGACAAUGUGACAAAUGGGAAAAGGUACCUGUUAGUUAUGGUAGACAGGUUCUCUAAAUGGGUUGAGGCAAUACCAACAGCAAGGGAGGAUGCAAAGUCGGUCAUUAAGUGGCUGCAAACCGAACUCAUACCAAGGUACGGAGUCCCCAGGCAAAUCAGAUCCGACAAUGGAUCCCACUUCAGUAACAAACACCUGAGACAGGUGGAGGAAAGAUUUGGCAUUGUACACAAAUUUGGCUCAGUGUAUAGGCCCCAAUCGCAGGGCCUCGUGGAACGCUCAAAUCAAACUCUUAAGGCUAAGAUAGCUAAGGUAUGUGCAGGUUCGAAGUUGACAUGGGUUGAAGCCCUGCCCCUGGCAUUGAUGGCCAUGAGAGCUUCGCCAGGUGCAGGCACCCAUCUCUCUCCUCAUGAGAUAAUGACUGGGAGGGUCAUGCCUGGUCCACCGAGGGAGGGAGGUCAUAUGCCCCCCCUCGAUGUACAACAAAUUGAAAUGUCUGAAUAUGUGAGAAAACUGACGGAACUUUCUGCAGCUCUCUCCAAACAGAUUCACAAGGUCCAGCAGGGGGAGCUGACGGGAGAUCCGGCAUCAUUGAAGGUAAAAGUUGGUGACUGGGUAAGGGUGAGAGUCCACAAGAGAAAGUGGCUAGAACCCAGGUGGACUGGACCGUACGAAGUGGGGGAGGUUACUUCACACUCAGUCCAGGUCAAAGGUAAAUCGGGCGCACCUUGGCAUCACCUUACACAUUGUACACCAGCCCCAACUCCUUCUAGAACUCUGACUGAAGUCAGGGCCGAUUUGGCAAAUCUCAAUUCGACCCCAAACAAGCAAACCUUAGUUGGUGAAAAUGGGACGCCAGCCCCAGUUUCCACGAACUAAGGCUAUUCACUUAGGACCGGGAUAUCUCACUCCCUGGGAAAGAAUGGGAAUUUCAGGUCCCUUGUUUGUUAUUUUCAUAAUCAUUAUGGGAGUGUCCCUAGGAACUUUCACAUGGCUCAUACAACAGCUCACACAUCCAACCCUCUCACAUCAUACAACCACUAAUGCCACGUCUAACAUUACCCUCGAUCUCACCAGUCCCGUUAUACACAAACGUAGCACUACACCCACAGACCAACCAUGUACUCCAACAAAGGUUAGAAGCAUCACCUUAUGUGUACCCUCUAAUGCAACCACUACCAUCACACUGACUUGGGGAGUAUUGGGAAAAGCUAGGAAUGGCCUGGGAGGGCAUGCUUUAGAGUACACCAGAUUUGACUGGUAUAUGACAAAAGGGGGGUUUCAGGAGUGGACAUGGAAGAGCCUGGUCGCUGAGACUGGUCCUGACUGGUCCAGUUAUUCAUCAGGGCAAGCAGUUCUUAGCUGGCGACAAAGAUUAACAUUGACUAGGACUAAAUUGCGUAAUUGGGGUCUAUCGCUAAUUAUCCGACCAGGUACUGGGACGGGUUGUCAGGAUUUUAUAUUAGCACCUCAGGUAGAGUCUAGCCAGGAUCUACUAUAUUGGCCAUUAAAAAUCUGCAUUACACAGCAGGCUCAGCCCUCUGCUAUUUCUGACAGGUUUACUGUAUUAAAAUCUAAGGGGAAGGGUGAGUGGGUUCCUAUUAAUAUGGUCACCACUCCUACUACCCCUGAUGAUACCAUUCUUACUGUCACCGGAAUCUCAGGAUUCACUAACAAUUGGCUUUUAUUGACUGAACAAGCAGCUAACACAACCCUGAAAAGCUGUGUUGUUUGCAUGGGAGCUAGACCAUUGCUCCGCAUAGUCCCAGCCGCUAUUAGCGGAGACUGUCUAAUACCCCUUAUGGAAAGAUACAACCCACCUGAGAAGUGUUCACAGUGGGACGCUGUUUAUCCAGUAGUCACCACGGCUGUCAAGAAACCGUUAUUCUCCUCCAGUGUGGCUAGAGCUAAUUUUACAUGCAUAACCAUGACAGUUGGAGGGACAUUCUUGGGUAAGCUCCCUGCUAGAUGGUGCGGGUACACUUUCAUGCUCACGGCAAUCUUUAAACCAGUGUCUAGAGCUGAUGUGUGGUGGUGGUGUGGGGGAACUAGUCUGUUUGACAGACUUCCCCUCAAUGCCACUGGUACUUGUGGACUUGUAACUCUUUUGUUGCCCAUCUCUGUAUACCCCAUAGGCGUCCAAGAUCUGCUCACCCGUAUACAAGCCCUGGGUCCUGAAUAUUGGCCUAUCAGGACCAAGCGCACGGUGGGCCCUUCUGCUGGGGACCCAACUUACAUUGAUGCAAUUGGUGUCCCCAGGGGGGUACCAGAUAAGUAUAAACUGGUUGACCAAGUGGCCGCAGGUUUUGAAUCAUCAUUUUGUUGGUGGUGUACAGUUAAUAAAAAUGUGGACAGAAUUAACUACAUUCAUUUUAAUGUCCAGAAACUGGGCAAUUGGACUCAACAAGGCUUCGAGGCAGUCCAUGGACAAUUGGCAGCUACGUCCCUGAUGGCAUUUCAAAAUAGAAUCGCGGUUGAUAUGUUAUUGGCUGAACGGGGGGGGGUCUGUGCAAUGUUUGGUGAACAGUGUUGUACUUUCAUUCCCAAUAACACAGCUACGGAUGGGAGUCUAACUGUAGCAUUGGAGGGACUUCGUACCCUUAAUGGUAAGAUGAAACAGCAUUCUGGAGUGGACACUACUAUGUGGGACUCAUGGAUGGAUGCUUUUGGUAAAUAUAAGACGCUGGUUUCCUCCAUCCUAGUAUCAAUUUCUGUUUUUGCGGCCAUUCUUGUACUUUGUGGAUGCUGUUGCAUACCAUGUGCGCGCACGCUUGCUAGCCGUGUUAUAACUGCCGCCAUAGACCCUAAUCAGGAAAGGGCCCAAAUGUUCCCAUUGCUUGAUGAUGGGGAAGCUGGACCUGUCUAUCUAUUUGAGGACUAAGAUACUUUUAUGUCACGUCUCUUGUGAGACGUGAAGAGAGGGAAUCAAAAAUUUGUCUUCUGACAAAUUUUAUCCCUUAGCUUAGUCUUUUUAUACUUUUAUGUCACGUCUCUUGUGAGACGUGAAGAGAGGGAAUCAAAAAUUUGUCUUCUGACAAAUUUUAUCCCUUAGCUUAGUCUUUUUAUACUUUUAUGUCACGUCUCUUGUGAGACGUGAAGAGAGGGAAUCAAAAAUUUGUCUUCUGACAAAUUUUAUCCUUUAGUUUUGUCUUUUAUAUACUUUUAUGUCACGUCUCUUGUGAGACGUGAAGAGGGGGAUUUGUAAGAAAUUGUAUUAGAUAUUGGUAACUUGUUUUAACAACUUCUCAACAUUACCUAUAAGUUGACACAACAUACACACCCCCUCUUUCUCUUGGACAUAUGCUGGACACAUAGGACAUAUACACGGCACCCACAAUUCCCCUCCCCCAUGACAAUCACACAGACACACCCAACCCAUGGUUGGACCUCAGGACAAAGAACUCUCAGGAACCAAUGGAACGUGGACACCAGGCCUGAUCAGGACUACCCAAGACCCAGAUCGACCAACCGGAAGGCCGGACUCGCAGAUCUACCUACUUUGCUUGUUGACUAUAUAGUACUGAACAUUUCUGGAAACUGUCUCUUUCCCGGACGAUUCACUAGGAGUCAGACUGAAAGAGCCUUGCUGCAAGAUUUUACUAAGAUAUCUUUACAUGUAAUUAAAACGGCCUUAUUAUAAAAUA